AGCCUCAGAAGUUGCGGUCUUCGUCAUCAAGCUUUCUCUGGGGCGCGUUCACAUAACCCAAAAAAAAAAAAACCAAAGCCUUAUCUCAGAACGCUGCACUUUGCCUUGUUUGUCGCCAAACCGAGAAAUGGCAGCUCAUAGGAGAGUCGGAGUGGCCGUUGAUUUCUCACCUUGCAGCAACAGAUCUCUCCAAUGGACUGUGGAUAACCUCGUCCGAGAAGGGGAUCACCUCAUUCUUCUCAACGUUAGCCGCGAAUCGGAUUACGAGAAGGCCGAGAUUCAGCUCUGGGCAGCCACUGGUUCUCCUUUGAUUCCGCUGGCUGACUUCUGUGAUCCAGUGAUCAUGAAGAAGUAUGGAGUGAAACCUGCUGCCGAAACACUCGAUAUUGUUCAAACUGCUGCCAGGCAGAAGAAGGUUGAAGUUCUCUUGAAGAUCUACUGGGGAGAUGCUCGUGAGAAGAUUUGCGAAGCAGUUAAUUCCAUACCUCUGGACUGCCUUAUUAUGGGGAACAGAGGCCUUGGGACCGUCAAAAGGGCUAUAAUGGGCAGUGUGAGCAACUACGUAAUGAAUAACGCGUCUUGCCCUGUGACAGUGGUGAAGGCAGAGUCCCAUUGAAGCCGCUUUGUCUCUGUAGCAUGCUCGAAGUCAAUAAGCUUUCAUCUGGUUGAGCCAUGAUUUCCUUGUCGGCUGGAUAAGUUGUAUUCUGCUCCUUUCCAAAACGAACUUAUAUUCUAGCAAAAUAAUGCUGUUCUAUGAUCUUUGUGUUUUGUAUUGGAUUAAUAUGAGUGCAUAUAUAUGGUCAGUGUUUGCGUUGCAUGUUUUAUGAUCAACUGCGUAUUCAGUGUGUUUGGGCCUAUAUUGCUGAAUUUGUGUACAUAAAGGCCAUUAUUAUGUUACGAAAUGAAAAUAUGAAUAAGAACGAUAAUCAAAUUUGAUGGAA